GCCAUUACCACCUCUUAGUGCCAACGGGACCCAUUCGCCUGCACCAUACUCUCAGGCCUUAUACGCAAUGAACUCCGAAGACGCGGAUGUCAAGCCUACCAAGAAGCAGCUUUCAAGCGCUUCUAAUGGGAAGGGCCAAUCUAAAGGUAAGGGAGCAUCACCUGUGAAAGGUGCAACCUCAGGUAAGAAGGCAUUUCGUGGCAAGACGCGCGGCGAAGGCCGCGAUGUGGACGAAAGCGUCGCCAAGAAAAUCGAGGUGCACCAACGUGAACUCUUUCAGCAACUUCACGAGCGUGGUUUGGAGAAGUUUCAAGCUGUUGGCGACAAAGAUGGAAAAGAUGGAAAGCAAUCAUUCAAACGAUACGCGAGUUACAAGGGAGAGCUUGCGCUGCCCAAAGAAGUGGAAGAUCUCAGAAUACAUGUAGACCGCCGUAGCCGCACCGUACUUUUACCGGUGUACGGAUAUGCGGUUCCCUUUCACAUCAAUGCCAUCAAGAACGCCAACAAGUCUAACGAGGGCGACUUUACAUACCUCCGUAUCAAUUUCCAGACACCGGGUCAAAUUGCUGGCAAGAAAGAGGAUACGCCAUUCGAGGAUCCGGAUAAGACCUUUAUCCGCUCUGUGACGUACCGAAGUGCAGAUGCCGCCCGUUUUGACAACUUAUGCCGUCAAAUCACGGAUUUGAAGAAGGAGGUUGCGAAGCUCGAAGCGGAAAAGCGGGACAAAAUGGACGUCGUCGAUCAGGAGUUAAUUGAAGUGAAAAGCAAACGUGCACCGAAACUGCUAGAGGUAUUUGCUCGCCCCCAGGCGGAAGGAAAGCGGAUGCCAGGCGAGCUCGAGAUACAUCAGAAUGGACUGCGGUUCCACACGCCGAUCGGCCAGAAGAUCCAGAUCCUGUUCAACAACAUCAAGCACCUUUUCUUUCAGCCUUGUGAUCACGAGCUUAUUGUUCUCAUCCACAUCCACCUUAAGAGUCCUAUCAUGAUUGGAAAGAAAAAGACGAAGGAUGUUCAAUUUUACCGUGAAGCCUCGGAUGUCCAGUUCGACGAAACAGGAAAUCGCAAGCGCAAGUAUCGUUACGGGGACGAGGAUGAGAUUGAAUUAGAACAAGAGGAGCGAAAGAGACGGCAGCAACUCAAUAGAGAAUUUCACCAAUUUGCUGACAGGAUUGCAGAAGCCAGCGACGAACCACUGGAGGUUGACAUCCCAUUCCGGGAGCUCAGCUUUGAAGGAGUGCCGGCCCGAACCAACGUUCGGCUGCAGCCAACUAUGACCUGCCUGGUUCAUUUAUCCGAUACGCCCUUCGUUGUUGUCACCUUGGACGAAGUCGAGUUGUGUCAUCUUGAGCGUGUACAAUUUGGUCUCAAGCAUUUCGACAUGGUCAUUGUAUUCCAAGAUUUCACCAAGCCACCUUUGCACAUCAAUUCAAUUCCUAUGUCGGAGCUGGAUCCGGUAAAGGAAUGGCUAAACUCUAUGGAUAUUCCUAUUUCGGAAGGCCCUGUAAACCUGCAGUGGGGUCCCAUCAUGAAGCACAUCAACGAAGAUCCAUACGAAUUUUUCAAUGAAGGUGGAUGGGCCUUCCUGCGGGGCGAUGAGGAGGAUGAGGACUCUGAAGAGCCAGACUCUGCAUCAGAGUUCCAGAUGUCAUCCGACGCGUACCACGAAAGCCCAUCAAGCGACGACGACGAGAGUGAGUACGAUGAAAAUGCAAGUGCUGACGAGGGCAGUGAAGUUUCCGACGCAAGCACGGGCGAUGACUGGGAUGAAAUGGAGAAGAAGGCGGAGAAAUCAGACCGAAAGAAGUUUGGCAAUGGGCGGGCGGAGUCUGAUAAUGAUGAUGAUAGGAAAAAGAAGUCAAGUACGAAAGCACCCGUCAAGAGCCGUCGGUAGGUUCGACUGCUAUAUCAGGCUUCUCUCUGUUAUGCGCACUCUUGCUGUUUCUGUGUAAGUCUUCCGUACUGUGAACCAUGCAGCUUGUUUAUCAAAGGAUAUUCGCC